AUCUGAUGUGUUGUCUUAUUUAUUGGACUUUAGCACAGUCUAGUAGUUUUCUAAAUCUGAUUUCACAGUAGACAAUUAUGAGCAACCCUCUUCUGGCAGUGUAAUCAGGCCCGGGGUGGGUAAUCGGGAGAAUCGGGAGAGUUCCCGGUGGGCCGCUUCACUUCUGGGCCGGUCGAGAAUUGUAUUUGUUGACAUUUGUCACGUUCGUCCAUCUUCUCUUAAAGUGGGUUAAACACAUUCCGCAUUCUGACACCGCAGCCUCUGCAUGGGUUGUACCAUGCGAGGAAGUUCACCCCUCCCAAAUAAUAGAGUUGGUUCAGUCCAUUAUGGAACCAACCAACUCAAUUUGGGAGAGGAGCACUUCCUAAUCGAGUUGGUUCGGCCCUUCGCGGUCUUUUCCAAAAAGUUUUCUCAGCUCCUGAUAGCUGGGCCGGCCCGACCGUAACGAUACGCGUCAGGGAGGAUGGACGGGAGGAAGAGGGCCGGAGGGGCUGGAAAAGCCAGGUUGAAAAAAAGAAAGGCAUUGGAGGAGGAUGCUGCCAAAUGUGCCAAGCUUACCGAUUUAUUUUCAAGAGGACAAACACAAGUGGCAACUGCUAAAAUCCAGAGCAUGAAAAAUGCGAUCCCCAAAAAUGACAAGAAAAGGAGGAAACAGUUGACAGAGGAGAUUGCAAAAAUUGAGGCUGAUCUCAACCAGAAGCAUGAGGAAGAAUUGAGGCCACUCACAUCUACAGCUGACACAGAGGUGGAACAGGUGUUAAAUGGAGUGGAGGCCAUAAAUAUGGACGAUGAAGAAGAAGAGGAGGGGAAACAGCCACGUUUAACCAAGGCCCAGAAAAGAAGGGACAAGAAGGCUGCCGAGGAGAAAGAGAGAGAGAGCAGGAUAGCGGAGGCCGAGGUAGAAAACCUGCAAGGUGUGAGGCACCUGGAGGGUUUAAAGCUGGCUCAGAAACUCGCACAACAGCAGCUUCAGAUCAAGGAAAUCUCCUCUGACGGCCACUGCAUGUACCGCGCCAUUGAAGAUCAGCUGGCACAGCGGUCAAAGCCUGGAUUAAUCACGUGUGUGAAGGACCUGCGAUCCCGCAGUGCUGAGCACAUGAGAGGCCACGCUGACGACUUCCUCCCUUUCCUCACCAACACCAACACUGGUGACAUGUACACAACAGAUGAGUUUGAGAAAUAUUGCAGUGACGUGGAGCACACAGCAGCUUGGGGUGGGCAACUGGAAUUGCAAGCUUUGACCCAAGUUCUUCACUUGCCAAUAGAAGUGAUCCAGGCCGACUCUGCAACUAUAAAAAUCGGGGAGGAAUUUGAGAGUCAACCCAUCACCCUUGUCUAUAUGCGUCAUGCCUAUGGACUCGGAGAGCACUACAAUUCUGUGGAGGUGCUGAAGGACCCAGCCAGUGUCGAGGACGGCUGAGAAACAGCUGGUCCUAGUGGAAUAUUACCAUUGUGUGUAAUGCAGAGUGUGUUCACAUUAAGGGCCCCUAAAUACAAACGUAUUCGGAGGGACAAGACCCUCUCUCCCAUUGAAGACAAGCUAAGAUUAACAGAGAAUAUUGCUGUUUUCAGAAUGGCUUCAACACAUAACGGUCAGUCACUGUUUAGAAGUCAAACGAUAUCAGUGGGGAGUGUAAAGUUCUGAAACCAUUAUCAUUGUGCUCAUAAAAUGGAGCACAAGUAAUCUGUUAAUGUUUUUACCCUGGACGACCUUGGCCCUAAUGAUCCCCAGGUUCACUUUAGUCAAUUCUGGGAAGCAAUAAUGGUGUACAGCUGACCUAUGGGGGGUGGGGAGGGCUACUGUAAUGUAGUUGCUGAACAGAUGUUAACCGGUCCUGUCUCUCCAAAUGUCAACAGAGUCACUGGGGGGUUGUUGAACUUUUGCAGUGUUCUUGGAAUGAACUGAAUUGUGAAACUUGUAAAUCAUAUCAAUGUUACAUAAACACAUAGAAUACUAAGAAGGUAUGUUCCUGCUUUGUUAUUGGGGGUAUAGGAGAACCUGAUCAUAUGCACAUCUCUUAAUUCUUUAUAGGUGUUUAGCAACAAUUAUCUGAAUAAAAAGAUAAAGAGCUAAA